CAAGAAGGAUAUUUACUGCUUAACUUUUGAUAAUUUACUAUAAAUAACAUAUAUAAAGUAUCAUGAGUGGUGAGAAUAAGGGAGCUCUUCACCCUGAGCAAAAGAAAUGGAAGGCUCCAAAAGGACCAAAACCUGUUCACCAUAAAAAUAAGAAUCUUAUAGGAUUAGGUAGAUCGAUUGCAAAUCAAAGAAGAAUGGAAAAUCAAAUUGAAUUUUUACCAGAUGGAGAAAUGAGAUUUACUACUGAUAAAAAGGAAGCUAACUGGGUUAAACUUAGAUCAGUUACUCAAGAAAAUUCUUUAGAUGAAUUUUUAAAUACUGCUCAAUUAGCAGAUACUGAUUUUACAGCUGAAAAAUCUCAACAAGUUAAAAUUAUUAAAGUAGGUAAUACAUCUAUUGUAAAUCAAAAUGGAUUAUUAACUGCAGAUGAAAUGAUUGAAAUGCGUAAGAAACAUCAAUUAUUUGAAAAUAGAUUAACAAUUCCUAGAAGACCAAAAUGGAGUAAAGAACAAUCAAAACUUCAAAUUGAAAGACAAGAAAAUUUAUCAUUCUUAGAUUGGAGAAGAGAUUUAGCUGCUUUAACUGAAAGUAAUGAUUUAUUAUUAACACCUUUUGAAAGAAAUUUAGAAGUUUGGAGACAAUUAUGGAGAGUUGUAGAAAGAUGUGAUCUUGUUGUACAAAUUGUUGAUGCAAGAAAUCCAUUAUUCUUUCGUUCAGUUGAUUUAGAAAAAUAUGUAAAUGAUUUAAGUGAUCCAGAAUCGGGUCAUACUAAAAAGAAUUUAUUAUUAGUGAAUAAAUCUGAUUUAUUAAAUAGAAAUCAAAGACUUGCAUGGGCCGAAUAUUUUAAAUUAAGAAAUAUUAACUAUGUAUUCUUUUCAGCUGCAAAAGCCAAUGAAUUAUUAGAAAAGGAAAAGGAAGAGUUAGAGUAUGGAGUGAGUUCUGAACAAGUUGAAGAAGAUGAAGAUGAAGAAGAAGAAGAAGAAGAUGAUGAUGAAACUAAUGAAUCUAUAAGAAUCUUAAAAAUUGAAGAAUUAGAAGAAUUAUUCUUAACAGAAGCACCUGAAUUUGAACAAAAUCCAGAUUAUCCAGAUAGAAAAUUACAAAUAGGUUUAGUAGGUUAUCCAAAUGUUGGUAAAUCAUCAACAAUUAAUGCAUUAGUAGGAUCUAAGAAAGUUUCUGUAUCAGCAACACCAGGUAAAACAAAACAUUUUCAAACUAUUAAUUUAUCUCAAGAUGUUGUAUUAUGUGAUUGUCCUGGUUUAGUAUUUCCAAAUUUUGCUUAUACAAAUGGUGAAUUAGUUUGUAAUGGUGUUUUACCAAUUGAUCAAUUAAGAGAACAUAUUCCACCUGUUGCAUUAGUAUGUCAAAGAAUUCCAAAAUAUUAUCUUGAAGCAGUUUAUGGUAUACAUAUUCCAAUUCAAAAAAUAGAAGAUGGUGGUAAUGGUGAAUAUCCAACUGCUCGAGAAUUAUUAAAUGCAUAUGCAAGAGCCAGAGGUUAUAUGACUCAAGGGUUUGGAUCUGCUGAUGAACCUCGUGCUGCAAGAUAUAUUUUAAAGGAUUAUGUUAAUGGUAAAUUAUUAUUUAUUAAUCCUCCACCUAUUGCAAUUGAUGAAGAAGAAUGGGAUUUACCAAAUUUACAAGACAGUAGAGAAUUUAAUAAAGAUAUUUAUGGUUUACAUAGUUUACCAGAAACUAGACAAAAACAAAUAUUACAAGCUCUUCAUGAUAAAUCUAUACCGAUUGAUGAAUUUGAUUUAGCUAAUGAUUUAUCUAAAUUAAAUUUUUCAAUGCAUAUUGGUGGAAUUGAAACUAAAACAGAUGAUGGAAAGAUUGAAGGUGGAGCCAAGACAUUAUUUUACGGAGGUAAACAAGCUGCAUUAGAAAGUGCCGGUGAUGAUUUAGAUCGAGAAUUCUUUAAAAUGAAUGUUGUUGAAGGUAAAUUUAAUACACCAUUUCAUAAGAAAUCUGCUGAAAGUGGUAAUAAGAAGCAUAAUAAAAAGAAUAAGAAACAAGAGAAAAAGAUAAGGGUUGUUGGUUAUUAGUUCAUGUUCAUUUAUAUAUAUAGCAUUCAUAUAAAAUUAUAAAUUAUAAAUU